GGUGGUUCUCGGGACCUAGGCACCUGGGGUACACUUAGAGGCGGGCGGAGGACUCCAGUGGCCCUGGGUGAACCAGCGAGGCCGGCUUGACUGGGAGUGGGGGUGGGGAACCCGCGGCCGGGGCACCCCAGAGGAGGCUGGGGACUUCUGCCUCUGAAGCAGGGGCUCCCCGAAUUCCUUCUAGAGAAGCGGUGGGCUGAACUCCAUCUGCCUCCACCACCUCUCCCCGCAAAGAAAAAAUAAAUAAACCCCAUCGAGGCAGGGUGCAGGGAGAAAGCAGCAAUUCCUGGCGGUGCUGCUGCCUGGGAGGGCUGACGCCAGGCUCAGCUCUCUCCGCAGGGGGCUGCCCUCCUCCAGCCCAGCUCUCUCUCCAGAGCCGCCCACAGCUGGAGCCCCCUCCACAUCUGGGAGACCCUGGCCACCGUGCCUCUGUUGGUGUCAGUUGCAUCCAGAGAUCUCUGCCUUGGUGGCUGCCUCGAAGUUGCAAGGGGAUUGAUUGCUGCCGCCUCCCCAUCCCAAGGGCAUCUCCUACCCUGACUCCCUGCAGAGUCAUCCCCUUGGUCCAGGCUCUGUACUUCAAGUCCUGGAGGCCACUCCUGGAACCCAAGGCCCCUCCCCCUGCUUUCCCAUGUCCUCACCUUGACCCCUCUGUCAGAUUCUGCCUCCCUCUGGGUGCUCCGUUCCCCACCCAGGGGCAGAGCCGUCGGAGUGGCAGGGGGCAGGGGCUGGGUGUGGGCCGCCCAGGGCCAGGGUGGGCUGGGGGGCCGUUAAGAUGUGGAACUCUGCCCGGCCGAGGGUGUCUCCGUGGAGGCAGACGCAGUGUGUGCCCAGCUCGGGGGAGUAUGGGCAGGCCUGUGGCCACGUGGUGAAGGAUGAACAUUCGGGGCGCCCCGGACCUCGGGCAGCCCAGUGACGACCCCAGCAGUGGUGGUGAGCGGGAGCGGAUUCGACAGCGCAUGAAGAUGGUCAUCGGGCAGCUCGAAGGCAUCCUGCAGGAGCUCAAGGAGGUGGCCAAGGAGCUUCGGGAGGUGGUGACCCAGAUCGACAAGCUAACCUCAGACUUCGACUUUGAGCUAGAGCCGGAUGAUUGGACCACAGCCACUGUGAGCAGCACCUCUAGCAGCGACAAGGCGGGCGUGGGUGGCCCCUUUGACCUGGGCCACCUGGACUUCAUGACAGCCGACAUCCUCUCAGACAGCUGGGAGUUCUGCUCCUUCCUGGACGUGUCCACCCCGUCAGACUCUGUGGAUGGCCCCGAGUCAUCAAGGCCAGGGGUCGGCCCUGACUACCGGCUCAUGAAUGGUGGCACCCCCAUCCCCAAUGGGCCCCGAGUGGAGACCCCCGACUCCUCCAGCGAGGAGGCCUUCAGCGCCGGCCCCACAAAAGGCCAGCGGACCCCAGGGACACGGGAGAGGGUUCGGUUCAGCGACAAAGUACUCUACCAUGCUCUGUGCUGUGACGAUGAGACUGAGGAGGAGGCCGGGAGCCUGCCCCCCGAGCUGCCCCACACAGAGCCUCACGAAGGAGCCCUCAAGCCCUCUGCACCCCUCUACAAGACUCGGCGCUCCCCACUGACCAGUCGCCGCUCCGGUCCCACGUUGGCCCCUGAACAGACCCGACGGGUCACAAAGAACAGCAGCACCCAGACCGUGUCAGACAAGAGCACGCAGACGGUGCUGCCCUACACAGCCACCAGACAGAAAGCCAGGGGUAAAAACUAGGGGCCGGGCCGGCGCUGGGGGUGGGCACAUAGAGCUAUGAAUAUAUAUAUAUAU